UCUGCGCUGUCCUGUGCUCCCUUUCAUCCCCCGGCUCUCUCCAUUCCGGUGGCUUCAUGCUCAGCUCUCGCCCUCCUCGGUCGCCAUGCAGAACAACCACACUAAGGAGCAUCUCUUUAAGAUUCUUGUCAUAGGGGACCUCGGGGUCGGCAAGACCAGCAUCAUCAAGCGGUAUGUCCAUCAAAACUUCAGCCCCAACUACCGAGCCACCAUCGGGGUGGACUUCGCACUCAAAGUCCUUAACUGGGAUCAGGAGACGGUGCGCCUACAGCUGUGGGACAUUGCAGGUCAGGAGAGGUUUGGCAACAUGACCCGUGUGUACUACCGCGAGGCCAUGGGUGCCUUCAUUGUGUUUGACGUCACGAGGCCCGCCUCCUUUGAGGCCGUCACCAAAUGGAAGGAGGACUUGGAUUCCAAACUGUCACUUGCCAAUGGGAAACAUGUAGCCACCGUGCUUUUAGCUAACAAGUGUGACCAGGGCCGGGAUGUACUGACCAAUAAUGGAAUAAAGAUGGAGCAGUUCUGCGAGGAGAACGGCUUUGUGGGAUGGUACGAGACGUCCGCUAAGGAAAAUAUCAACAUCGAUGAAGCGGCUAACUGCCUGGUGAAACACAUCAUUGCCACUGAGAAUGACAUGCUCCAAUCAGAAGUCCCCGACACCAUCACUCCGCAGCUGGAGAACGACAGAGGCGGGACAUGCUCCUCCUGCUUCAGAUCCCAGUGACAGCCUCACACAGUUGGAUGUCCUUUUGUAUCUCAUUACACACAAAGUCCAGUUUGUCUGUGAGCAGGAGACAGAGGGAGAAUUACUUUGGCUGUUUUUUUUUUUGUAGGAAAUCAUGUAUGGGUGCCAACUCCAUUCCUUGUCUGGUAGGGUGGGUGGUGGGGGUGAAAGACAGGCAGCUGGCUCAAGAAAUGGAGGCAGAAAGAGAGAUGGAUGCAGCUGUGUGCGCUUGUCAAAGGCAAGGUCACCCUCUGGGCGACUUCAAGCCUUGACACUGCCACUUCGGUUACCAUGGAGACACAGUUAAUGAACACAUGCACAGAAAGAUUGCAGCGAGUCCCGGUAUAUCUGUCCAGAGGUCUGUGGAGUUCAUCUCUAUUUACCUUUUUUUUUUUUUUUUUUCUGUGUCUGAGUUUGUCUCUGCCUGUUUCUUUCUUCACGCCCCUCCCUCACAGCGUUUCUUUAGCUUCAUUUUGGGCUAAUAAGAAAGCAGAUAUAGUUUUCUUCCAGAUAUCCAAAGCAAUUCAAUUUUAGUCGCGAUAACACUACAGCUACAGUAUUAGCGUUUCUUUAGAUUCAUUUUUCUUGUCUUCCCUCAUGUACACCUGCCGGAUCCUAUAAUGUAUAGCAGAUUAUAUUGAUGUAAUUAAAGUGCCUUUUCCAAUACAAACCAUUUUAUUUAAUGUCUUCAAUAGAUGUAUUCACUAACAUAUUUUAUUUAAUAAGUGCACU